UUUUUAAUUUGUGGUGUUUGUCAUACCCCAAAUUUGUCCUACCCUUGAUUUCCAACUGGCUUAGACUUCUCAUCUCAUGUACAUAUCUCCCAUUAAGUCAUUAACAUAACUCAUGCAUUCAUAUCAUUUGUAUUAAUCAGAGACUAGCAAGGGAUAGCUUUUAUAGCAGAGAAUCUCUUACCAAAUGUGUGAAUCUGAGGUGUAAUCAUGUGGCUCUUUGUUCAUUGAAGCCCCCCUGGGUUGGGGCCCUCUCAUUCUCAACUCAAGGCAUUGUUUGAAAAGUGCAAGCUUGAUGUUCAUCUGAUUAUCCUGAAUUAGGUUUCUUGACCAAAGUCAACGCAGUUGACUUUUUGGUCAAAUACAUUGAUCAAGAGUCGAUUUUAUGGAGAGAAGUGGCACGAUGCUUGUGUGGAAGUGUUCAGUUGAUUUCUAUGGGUCAGAAGCGGAUUAAUCGGGAAUUUCAUUAAAAUCGGAGGAAAAUCAGAACAGUUGACUUUUGGGUCAAAAUCGGGUCAAUCACUCAAAUACCGACUUUUGGUGAAAAAUCGGUCAAGAAAAGUCAAGGAAUAGAUAAAAUCGGGAGUUUGACAAAAAUUACCAAAAAUAGAAAAUACCAAAAAUGAUAAGUUCUAACACUUAGAAAAAAUAUUGAGUUUUUGGCAUGGUUGAUCAGCUCACUUCACAACCAUUUUACAUGUACUUCUGGGCCUCGAUUCAAAAAAGUUACAACAUAAAAAAUGUUCACCUCAUGGAAUACUACAAGUUUGCAGUUGGGGUCAUCUUCAAAAAAUGCUUGAAUCAAAAGUUGUUGAGGUUUGAAGUUGAACAUUAUCAUUGAGACACAAGUCAAGAUGCUAAGAAGAUUCCUGGGCAGCGUGACACAAUUCGUCGAACACGUGGUGUGUUGAAUUUGAGCUUGAUUAUAGAGAAAUAUAGAUGGCCACAAGAGGCAAACUUGGUAUCAUUCUCUUCCCCUCCAUGUUCUCUAUACAAUUAACCAAGAAUCAAAUAAAUUGAGUGGAUAUUGAAUGAUCUAUGAAACUCCAAAGUCUCAUCUUCAUAAAGUCAAAGUUACGCGUCUGGCUGGGCAUAGAAUUCAGGUCACGUGAGGCAUUCAAUCAAACACAUGGCGUGCCACUUUCAAAGCCAAUUUCAGAGACGUGUUAGCAUUCUAUUGACUCUAAUUUGGUAUCAAAAUAAUCUCAUCCAUUCCUUCUACCCUAAGGUCAAAGAAUUAUACCAUUUGGUUACUUAAUCGUCGAGAUAUGAAGCGUUGAAGUGAGCUAUUGGUAAUUUGUAAUGUGACCGGCUAAGGUUGAACUGUGCACGCGCGUCCAAGGCAUUUGUUCCCACCAGGUUUCAUACAAUCUUUCUUACACCUCCAUCCAUCAUUUCAAGGUAUCUCCAACGUCAAUGUUGUUGUAUUCCAUGUCCUCUUCACAUUGAUCUUUAGACUGAGGUAAAUGGUUGACCAUGUCUAAAGCUACAAGCACAUAAAGUGAGCAUGUUGAACAUAUUGGCUUAGCAAGAGAUACUAAACCUGUAGCUGGCAUUUGCGCGGAAUAGCAGCCAUGUGUUGCAAUUUUUACCAUAAGCACCAAGCCACAGGAAGCAUCACGUGAGUUGUUGAUAAACCUAACAAAAAGGCUGCAUGCAUGAAAACUUGAUAGAAGCUUACUACAAACAAGAAACUAUUCACUACAUCAAAGCCACACCAUAUUCUCAUACACUCUCACUCCAUUAUAAAUAUCAAGCCCUUCACGAUUCACACGGACACACAUUUCUCUCAUUUUUCAAAACUCACAACUCUCAUCACUCUCUUCACUCUCUCCCUCCUCUCACCUUCUCUCUCUCUCUCGAUUCUCUCCCUCUCUUCAUUACAGAAACAGAAAGUUUGUUACGCUUCUAACAAACUUCAAACCACCAUAACUACCACCUCCAACCUCCAUAACUAACUCUUCAACCACCACUCUCCUCCGCUUCUCCUUCUCCAUAACCGAACCUCUAUCUUCAACACAAAGCUCCCAACCUUCAUUGGCCUUCAUCAUCCAUCACCUCACCUCUUGCGAUUGCAGCAUCAUCAUCAUCAACCGCUCCUUCCGCUGACUCAGCAUCUUCUUCAUCACUGGCUAUCUCGAAGAUUUGUGGAUCUACACCUUAGCUGCAAGAUUCGUUAUCUUCAAACCACACGAGUUUGUCUCUCUGCCGUCAAUACACAUUGAAGAUUCACAACAAGUGUAAGCAUCAUCAUUAGGAGCUCAGAUCCACGAGGUUCCCCACUGCUUUUGCUCCAAGAAUCUGAACAAGGUAUCCGAGGUUAUUACGUUUCAUCCAGGAUGGCUAACAACGUGACCGCUACCAGAGAAGCUACAAGGCGUACUCACACUUACAGUUUCCAUCGCGAAGGUUUGGUUCAGUUGGGGCAAUUGGGUGGAUUGAUCACUGGUCAUAAUAAAACUGUGUUCACUGAGAAUUAUGGAAACAUCUUGACUCUUUUGGACUCACACGUCGACGAAUGGGGUUUAUCUACUCUUCUCCAGUUCUAUGAUCCUGACUUGCGUUGUUUCACCUUCUCAGGCUAUCAGUUGGCUCCCACUCUCGAGGAGUACUCUCACUUUCUCAAUAUCAAGAUUCAACACAAGGUUCCUUUCGUGUGUGCCCCAGAGAAACCAGAUUUGAACAACAUUGCCAACGCUCUUUAUUUGAGCAUAGAAGACGUUCUUGGGAAUUGGAAGAAGAAUGGUAACACCCAUGGUUUCUAUAUGAGUUUCUUGGUUGAGAAGGCUCAAGAGUUGGCUAACAAAAAGAUGUGGGAGGCUUUCAACGCCCUUCUGGCCGCUUUGAUCUAUGGGAUCGUGAUGUUCCCUAACAUUCACAAGUUCGUUGAUCUGGCCGCUAUAUGUCUUUUUGUGGAUAAGAAUCCGGUCCCUACUUUGCUAGCCGAUACGUACUAUUCUGUUCACUCUCGAUAUGGGAAAGGAGGAGCCAUAAGGAAUUGUUUGCCGUUGUUAUACACCUGGUUUAAGUCCCACCUACCUACAAGUGGUCCUUUCGUUACUUCUACUCAGAAAUGGCAUCAAAGGAUCAUGGGGCUUACUGGAAAUGACAUUGUCUGGUGUCCUACUGGGAUGGACGUAGAGGAGGUUAUAACUAGUUGUGGUGCUUUUGACAAUGUUCCCCUCAUAGGAACAAAAGGUGUUAUCAAUUAUAAUCCUAAGCUAGCGCUGCGUCAAUUGGGUUUUGCACUUGAAAACAAGCCUUUGGACAAAGAGAUAUUUGAAUCCGUUUGCUUUGAGAAGGGAACCGAUCUAAAAGGUUUAGAAAAAGUGGUGAGUGCCUGGAAUGACAUCCAUACGAGUGAUCAGAUUUCUCUAGGUGAAAAGAAUGCUGUUGCCAAACAAGCCUACACGGAUUGGGUUGAGGAUAGAGUUAAAGAUCGUCUGUUGCCUUUCCCGAAGGUUAAUCCAUUGUACAAGCAACCACCUAAGGUUCCAAUUGCCAUUAUGCCUGCUGAGAAUUGCAUCCCGGUAGAUAUGGAAUGCACCCAAUUGCACGAAAAGAAGUCGGAUGCGCAACCGAAACAUUGUCUUGUGGACCAGAAAAGAGUUGAGUUGACGCACGAAGCCAAAAUGCUGAAGGGAGGAUCUUCCAGAGUUCAAAAGAGGGCUAGAACGGAAAAAGGUGAAAGAGAUACUACUGUUAUUGUCGAGGAUCACCAGAAGAUCCUAAAAAGGGCCAUGAAAGAAGCAGAAGAGAAACUCAAGCAAGAGUACCGAGAAGACUUGAAAGCUUAUAAGCUCAAGAUAGAAAGGGAUGCUAGAGUUGAAGUGAAGAAUCUGAAAAAGAAACUGGAAGAAGAGACCACUCGAAGAAUGGCAGUUGAGACUCAACUGAAAGGAAGUCACCUCCGUAAUACUCGACUAACAGAAGAAAAUGCCAAGCUCAGAGAUCGAAUGAUGGAGGACAUAUCUGAGAAGGAUUAUCUCCCAGAAUGCAAAGGAUGUGACGAACUCAGGGAGUGCUGCAAGAAGCUGGAUGGGCAUUUGUUUCGCAAAGAUGAGGUGAUCCAAAGCCUUCUUAAAGGAAGAGAUCGAGAAGCAACCAAGAAGCUGUUUGAUGAAACUAAGAAGUGGAGCGAUGAGCACUUCAGACAAGGAGGACCUCUGUUUUAUAUUCAGAUGGAUUGAUGUUUGAGUCUGUAUGUUUCGACCACCACCAGACUUGUUGGAUGGGGUCUUUUAUUUCCAUUGUUGAACUAUCUUGUUGAUGUAUGGCUUGCCCAAGUUUAAAUUUCUUGUUAUGAAUAAAAAGAACUAGUUUCUCUUGACACUUAUCUUUUGUCACAUUGUUAGCUAUUCUGGAUCAAUAUUAAAUCUUGGAUACUCUGAAAAUGGCACAUCACGUCAUACGCACACAUGCACUCAUACAUUCACAUUAUCACAUUGCAUUUUU